AUGGCGGUCCCCGACAGUCUCUCCAAAGAAUCAAAAGCUUCCAGCCCUCAUUUCAACACUAGAACGACUAACAAGCAGUUCUUCGUGUGGAGGGAGUUUCUAUGGGGAGCUAUUGCUGGUGCUUUUGGUGAAGGAAUGAUGCAUCCAAUUGAUACUGUAAAGACGCGGAUUCAAAGUCAAGCCAUUCUUAGUGGAUGUCAGAAUCAGAAGAACAUAUUACAGAUGAUCCGGACAGUCUGGGGUACUGAUGGUCUAACAGGUUUUUAUAGAGGCAUAACACCCGGGGUAACUGGAUCUCUUGCCACCGGAGCUACAUAUUUCGGUGUCAUAGAAUCUACCAAGAAGUGGAUUGAAGAAUCGCAUCCUAGUCUUGGUGGCCACUGGGCUCAUUUCAUAGCUGGAGCUAUUGGAGAUACACUUGGCUCUUUUAUAUAUGUUCCUUGUGAAGUGAUGAAGCAGCGGAUGCAGGUUCAAGGUACAAGAAAAUAUUGGAGUUCUGUUGCCAUGAAAGACUCUGGCCGCAGCAUGCAAAUGUAUGGUUACUAUUCAGGAAUGUUCCAGGCUGGCUGUUCAAUAUGUAAGGAGCAAGGGCCAAAGGGAUUAUAUGCAGGAUACUGGUCAACACUAGCAAGGGACGUGCCUUUUGCCGGUCUCAUGGUUACCUUUUAUGAGGCCCUGAAAGAUCUGACAGAUUAUGGAAAGAGAAAAUGGUUCCCGAAUCCAAAUUACCAUGUCAAUAGUUCUUUUGAGGGGCUCUUGUUGGGAGGGCUAGCUGGUGGUUUCAGUGCAUAUCUCACUACUCCCUUGGAUGUCAUUAAGACGAGAAUGCAAAUACAAGGAGCAACUUUAAGGUACAACAGCUGGUUCGAUGCAGUUCAUAAGAUAUGGAUGACUGAAGGCAUGAGGGGAAUGUUUAAAGGUAGCAUCCCCAGAAUUAUGUGGUAUGUUCCAGCAUCUGCUCUUACAUUCAUGGCCGUGGAAUUCCUCAGGGAUCAUUUCAAUGAAAGAUUAAACAAAGAUGGUAGACAAGAAAUAUCGAGCUUAUCAAUAGACAAAAAAAAAUCUUCCUUGCAACAAGCAUCCUAG